AUGUCUGAAGAAUCUCCAGAAAUGAAUGGUAUUUUAGCUAUAUCAAAACCUCAAGGAAUAACUUCCUCUAAAUUUUUAGCAGAAUUACAAAAAGUUUUCACAGAAUCUCCAGUUUUUUCACAACAUUUAGCAAAUAUUAGAGGUAAUAAAAUGCAAGCAAUUGUUCAAACUUCUGGUAAAAGAGCUUCAAAGAGACAAAUGCGUAAAUAUGUUAAAGUUAAAAUGGGUCAUGGUGGGACUUUAGAUCCUUUAGCAACUGGUGUUUUAGUUGUUGGUAUUGGGAAUGGAACUAAAAAAUUACAAAAUUAUUUACAAGGUACUAUAAAAAAAUAUGAAGCUGAAGCUUUAUUUGGUGCUUCAACUACAAGUGGAGAUGUUGAAGGUGAAGUUCUUACCAAGAAUCAAUCAUCACAUAUCACUCAAAAGCAAAUUGAUGAAAUACCUGAAAAAUUCAUUGGACAUUUAAAACAAACACCACCAAUUUUUGCAGCUUUAAAAAUGGAUGGUAAACCUUUAUAUGAAUAUGCAAGACAAGGUUUACCUUUACCUAGAGCUAUUGAACCAAGAGAAGUACAAAUUUAUGAUUUAGAAGUAAUGAAUGAUACAUUAAGUACAAAUCAUUCAUAUGAUUUUAUUAAAUCAACAGAAUUGAAUGAAGGUGAAAAUUUAGAAGAUGUAUUAUCUAAAAAUCCAACAUUAAAUGAUAAUAAACUUUAUUUUUCUAAAGAAUAUACUGAAAAAUUAGGUAAAGAUAAUGAAUCAUUUGAAAUUGAUCCACCAUUACCAAAUGAUGGUUCAGAUAAAGUUGAAGGUUUUAAAGCACCUUUAUUACAUUUCACAGCUUCUGUUAGUUCUGGUACUUAUAUUCGUUCAUUAAUUAGUGAUAUUGGAAAAUCAGUUCAAUCUUCAGCUUAUAUGGUUAAAUUAAUAAGGUUAAAACAAGCUGAAUGGGAAUUAAAUAAAAAUGUAUUUAAAUUAGAAGAUUUUACAGAAAGACCUCAUCAAGUAUGGGGGAAAGUUUUGAAAAUUGUGUUGGAAAAGGGUGGUGAAGAAGUUCAAGAUCUUUCUAAAUUAUUUGAAAAAGCAGAAAUUGAAUAUAAUGAAGAAUUAAAGAAAGAAAAUGAAUUGAAAAAUCAAGAAGAUAAAGUUGAUGAGAAUAAAGAUUUAAAUAAUCAAGAAAAAGUUGAAGAAAACUUUGAAAAUGAUGAUAAUUCCACUAAAAAAAGAAAUAUAGAUGAUGUAGAGCAAUGA